AUGAUCCAUGGUCCUUAUGGAGCUCAAAAUGUCAACUGCCCUUGCAUGGUGGAUAACAAAUGUUCUAAAAACUUUCCAAAGAAUUUCUCUAAACAUACUUCAAUUGAUAAGGAUGGUUUUCCUAUAUAUAGGAGAAAAACCGAUGGAUCUUUUGCCGAAAAAUCUGAUGUCCAGUUAGAUAAUAGAAAUGUUGUCCCAUAUAACAAAUAUCUUCUGGAAAGGUACCAAGCACACAUAAAUGUUGAAUGGUGCAAUCAUUGUUUUUCCAUCAGGUAUUUAUUCAAAUAUAUUAACAAAGGUCCUGAUAGAGCUAUUGUUGUUGUUGUACAAAACAACAAUGAGUGUGAUAACAAUGAUGCAGUGGAUGAGAUAAAAGAAUAUUAUGAUUGUAGAUAUCUAUUUGCAUGUGUAGCAUCUUGGCGAAUUUAUGGAUAUGAUGUUCAUUACAUGUCUCCUUCGGUGAUGAGGCUUCCUUUUCAUCUUCCCGAUCAACAACAACUUGUAUACAGUGCAGAUGAUGACAUCGACGAUGUUCUUAAGAAUCCUUCAGUUGCUUCUUCUAUGUUCACAUCUUCGAUGGAGUGUAAUCAAGUUUACAAACAAGCAACAGAUCUUACUUAUGUUGAAUUUCCAACAAAGUUUGUUUUUAAAUGUAAUUUGAAUACUUGGAAGCCAAGGGAGGGUGGAUAUUCGAUUGGCAGAAUUCAUUAA